AUGGCAUAUGGUUCGGCAGCUGAUGCGGUUGACGAAUACCUCCGACUUGCUGAAACCACAGCGUUCUCAUGCUUGGAUCAUUUUUUUGAUGCCAUCAUAAAUUGUUUUGGAGAUGAGUACUUACGAAGACCGACACCAGAAGAUCUUCAACGUCUACUCGAUAUUGGAGAGUUCCGCAGAUUUCCGAGGAUGAUAGGAAGAACUGAUUGUAUGCAUUGGGAGUGGAAGAAUUGUCCAACCGCAAGGAAAGGUCAAUAUACACGUGGUUCUGGCAAGCCGACAAUCGUUUUAGAGGCUGUAGCAUCACAAGAUCUCUGGAUCUGGCAUGCUUUUUUCGGACCUCCAGCGUGUAUCAUACUGCACAAUAUGAUCGUAGAAGACGAACGAGAUGGAUACACUCUGUUUGAUCCAUCCGAAUUCACACACAUGGAGUCCAACCGAACUUUAGAAGUGGACUUCACCGUACCAACAACCAUGCCUUCAUGUGUCUCCACUAUGAUGAACAUUCGUUUGAGUGUUCGUGAUCGAGAUAAACAUAAACAGUUACAAGAUGAUUUGGUUGAGAAUAUUUGGGCAAAAUUUGGAGAAUACCAUUAA